UGGUCCACCUGAAGAGCUAUACUCCCUGGUGAGUACGGAAGCUCACGCCUACGGUGCGCAGGGGGCCCCCGCGGCAAUUCGGCCUCCGCUGUAGGAGAAACUACAUUUCCCAGAAUUCUUCGUUCUGCAGCGGCUGAGCCUAUGGGCUUCAGAAUAGCUGCGGCGGGGACGGCGUGACCAGCUGCAGGCCAUGGCUUUUUUGGCCCGAUCCUUGGGUCGCCUGUUGGGUCCGGCGGCGCUACUGGGUGGCAGGUGGCUCCAGCCCCGGGCCUGGCUGGGGCUCCCCGACGCCUGGGGACUCCCUGCCAUGCAGCAGACCCGGGGCAAGGCGCGCGGGAACGAGUAUCAGCCGAGCAACAUCAAACGCAAGCACAAGCACGGCUGGAUCCGGCGCUUAAGCACGCCGUCCGGCGUCCAGGUCAUCCUUCGCCGCAUGCACAAGGGCCGCAAGUCGCUGAGCCAUUGAGGAGCGCGACGCUACCGGCGGGACCGCCAUUAAAGCAUUUUCCUCGCCUCAGACCUUCUCCUGCCGCUGUUUUUGUGGGGAGCAGGGACGACUCAGACAUGAGUGCUCCUCAAAUUGUGGGGUAGGCCCAGGGGGAGAAGUCUGGGUUUGGACUGAAAGAGGGAGUGGGAAGUCAGACCUUGUCAAGUCCCUUUUUAUGCAUUUGAAUUAGGAAGAAUUUCGAACACGCGCCAACAGUUCACAGAAGAGUACAGUGAACCCCCGUGUACCCGGUACACAGCUUUGACCACCAAUUACUCGCGACCCAGCUGCCCCUUCCUGUGUUAUUUUGAAGCAAAUUUCAGGCAUCGGGUUAUUCUGUAAAUAUUUCAGAAUGUCUCUUUCCAAGAUAAGGGCUCUUUGAAACGUAAGCGCAAAACUUUUCACUCCUAAAAAGAUGGCCAACAAUGCCUUAAUAUCUUUGAACGUCUUUAAUGCCUAAUAAGUGUUCCAAUUUCCACUUGU